AGCAAACGUCCACGGACCGUAUCUUCCAUCAAUUCGCAUCAACUGAUUCAACAACCACCCCGACUCACAACGACUUCUCUACUCACAACAAUGCCAACUCAACAAAGGACCCUCAUUCUCCUCACCGGCACAACCGGCGGACUCGGUGCCAAAGUCCUCUCCUUCCUCCUCACCAAACACUCCCUCCCACCGUCGUCCAUCAUCGCAACCUCCCGAUCGGAGUCCAACCGCCAGCGCUACGAGUCUCAGGGCUUGCAGUUCCGCCCGGCAGAUUUCAAAAACCUCUCAGCGCUCAAGUCUGCCUUUCAGAACGUUGAAAACGUCCUUUUCGUGUCAAGUCCUGAGAGGGACACCGCGCUUCGCAACGCUGAGCAUGCCAACGUCGUCGAAGCGGCGAAAGCUGCGGGUGUUGGCAAGGUGUGGUAUGUCAGUCUUGCAUUUGGCGGUUUUGGAGACGAAAGCAAAGUCGGGUUCCAGCAGGCGCAUUACGAGACGGAGAGAUCGUUGGUCGACUCCGGCCUGAACUUCGUCUCCCUCCACGCUGGUAUCUAUACCGACGCCUUCCCACUUUACCUCAAUUGGUACCCUUCCUCGACUGAAGUCUUGCUGCCGGAACUCAAGCCUUCUGUUGCCAAAGGCGAAAUCGCCUUUACGAGUCGCGACGACCUGGCUGAAGGCAUCGCGGCACUCCUUGCGAAGGGACUUGAAGCAUACCCAUCGAUCGUGCCAAAGACGGAGAAGAACAUCGUCCUUCUCACCGCUAAUUCGACUGUGUCGUUGAUCGAUGUUGUCGAUGCGAUCAAUGACGUCCGUGGAACAGCCACGCCAGUCAAGUACCUGCCUCCAAAGGAGUGGAUCGAAGCCUCUGCGAAGGACGAUGUCGGCGGCAAAGGAUUGGCGUGGUUCGAGGCCAGGCUUGUGGUUCUUCAAGGAUUUGUCGAUGGAGAUGCGGCGCUGGUCGAUCACACUCUGGAAAGGCUGCUAGGGAGGAAGCCGGAGACUGGUGUGCAGGCUGUGGAAAGGUUGUUGAAGGAGAACGGGGAGUUCACUUGGCACCAGAAUCAUGCUCGGUAGCUGUGUA